GCGUGUGUCGUGUCGCGCGCUCGUGGUCACAUCAUGCUUACCAAAAUCGUAACACUUCUGCUGACGGUCGCGUUCUGCGUCGCUGUACCGUCGAAUAUCGUCCGGCCGUGUAAGGUGAAAGAUAACAAAUGCGUCCGCGAUAACUUCGCUCCUAACUCGCGCUGCAACCCCGGGGUACGCGGGUUCAUCCCUGCGGAGUACACGAUCAAGUCGUUCAAGUUCGACACGCCGUACUUCAACGCGACCUACAUCGACAACAACUUAACAAUAAGAAAUCAUAACAAAUGCUUCGUGUCGGAGUUCUUCUUUAACGUGGGCUCGGACACCGCGGUCCUCUCCAUCGACUGCCCCGACCUCGACUUUGAGUCGACUCGCACCCUCAUCCAGCACUACUCGCUCCAAGAAGAUACAUCUUACAACUACAGCUAUAGAGGCAGAUAUCCGCUGGUCCGCCUGACCCUUAACAUGCCUCACGCUAACGCGCUGGAUCUCUGUUCGUCGUUCACAUUUGCUGACGUCACAGCGCUCCCCAUAUUCUUGGUCAAUCCCAACGAUGAAAAAACUGAAGAAUUCCUGUCGACCGACCUCACGUUGCUGAACAUCUACGAGCGGGAGACGUUCUUCUAUCGCGCCAACCAGCUCGCGCGAUACUACAUAAACUCGCUCAUCUGCGAUUUUGGAUGUAACUUCUAACAUUAUAUCUAUGUGAAUAUUUAAAAACAUAUGUAAUUAUUACGAUUAUGCUUUAAAUUUAUCUUCUUGGCUAACAUCUAAAUUUAUUUCGAAAUUUGUAUUUUUUGUUAGAAUACAUAAU